AUGCAUAACUUAGGGUUUGAGAGCAGGAAACCUCUCUUUCCUCCUCCCUCAGCUUGCCUCCCAGCGCGCAAGCCUCUGGAGUCCCUUGCACCUUCUCCACUGCCCACUCCACAGCGGCCAUCUUCACCUGCCCCUUUACUGCGACCUGCCCUGCCCCUGGCCUCACUGUUCAAGCACCGCCUGGAGGGCUUUGGUGGGCUGGGUAAAAAAGGCCAAGGGACUGAGAGUUUAGCAGAUGUGUUCAACCAAUGGUGUGAAGUGAACCGAAGGGCCUCUGUGACUGGCUGUGUCAUUAACACCUGUGGCUGGGUCAAGGGCUCUGGUUACCACGCCCUGGUGCAUGCAGCCUCAGCCUUUGAGGUAGAUGUCGUUGUGGUUCUAGAUCAAGAACGACUGUACAAUGAACUGAAACGGGACCUGCCUCACUUUGUACGCACUGUGUUGCUCCCUAAAUCAGGGGGUGUGGUUGAGCGCUCUAAGGAUUUCCGGCGAGAAUGUAGGGAUGAGCGUAUUCGUGAGUAUUUCUAUGGAUUCCGGGGCUGUUUUUAUCCCCAUGCCUUCAAUGUCAAAUUUUCGGAUGUGAAAAUCUACAAAGUUGGGGCUCCCACCAUCCCAGACUCCUGUUUGCCAUUGGGCAUGUCUCAGGAGGACAAUCAACUCAAACUGGUACCUGUCACCCCUGGCCGAGAUAUGGUGCACCACCUCCUGAGUGUUAGCACUGCUGAGGGCACAGAGGAGAACCUUUCUGAGACUAGUGUGGCUGGCUUCAUUGUGGUGACCAGUGUGGAUGUGGAGCAUCAGGUGUUUACCGUUCUCUCUCCAGCCCCCCGCCCACUGCCUAAGAACUUCCUUCUCAUCAUGGAUAUCCGGUUCAUGGAUCUUAAAUAGACAUCAGGAAGCCUUGCUGCCUGGGGCUUGGCGAUAUGGCCAUCACCGAAGGCAGGUGGGCUGAAGUGUGAGAGUCAAGGCCAGACUGACCAGUGAACAGUGCAUUAGUAAAAAGCACAAUUCUACCUCUUAAAACAGGUCGUGGUAUCCUAACUCUUCUAAUCUUGAACUGAAAGGAAAACUAUAAGAAUAUAAUUGGUUUCUUAGGUCACCUAAGGUGCCACUUUGAAUUCUCUAAGGCCCUGGAGAUUUCCAUUUCUUUCACUGUGCUAGUAUGUGGACUAAUUUUUAGGAGAGUUUUUUUUUUUUAAUUAUUGCAUUAUAUUCUGGAUGUAGUAUUUGUUACCUUGUUUAUUCAAGAUGAAAGAAUGUUUUAGAAGGACUCCUUACAAUAAAGUUCAAACUUGGAAG